AUGUCGAACCCCAUCUCCACGCGCGCGCAGUUCACCAAAAUGACAACGUCCGGUGGCGACUUUGCGCCGGUGUAUGUAAACUCGACAAACCAUUUGCCAUCGCCGUCCACGGCGAUGGAGCUCGAUACGCCACGUACGAUGGAAGUCGUUCCGGGCGACGGGGUCCCCACGGGCGCAUGGGCAGCAGGUCUGUUUGACUGUUUCGACAGCCUCGUGCCCAAUUGCUGCAUGGUCACGCUGUGUCCGUGCGUGGCACUGGCGCAGCUGUCGGCUCGACUCGGCGUUGCUCCGUACCGAGUCGUGUUGAGUCUAUUGCUGUUUGUGACGCUGGUCGAAGGUGCGAUGUUUGCGCUCAUUUGGACGACACCCGAUGGGCACGACCAUGAGAACGGCCAGCCCAAGGACCUGUACGACUCGAGCGACGACUCGCAGAACAAGGUCGUGAACGUGACGUUCGUCAUUAUUACGCUCAUUGUGCAGCUCCUGCUGUCGGUCUUUCUAUGGCACCUUCGCGUGAAGACGCGCACGCGGUUUGAGCUCCCGGGCACCGUCUGGACGGACCUGCUCAGCUCGUGGUUUUGCUCGUGCUGCACUUUGGCGCAGCUGCGCACGCACGUGCGGAGCUAUGAACCCGGCAGCUGUGACUUUCGAGCACCGGACGUGCUGCAGGCGUAUCCGGGCAAGUCGUACGCCGUGUAG